GCGGCUUCCCAAAAAUCGUUGUCCGGUUGGGCACUGCCGCAGAGGGCAGAAGACCUGUCCUUUGCCCCACACACCCUAAGCGUCUGCGAGUUAUUAUAAACCUGUCUGCUCCAAGGAAGAAAAAAACACACAGCCGACUGUCAAAAUCUUUUUCUUCUUUUUUUCCUUUUCUCUGUUUACAGUACUUCCACGUCAUUGGUGACUUAACGUUGCCUCGGGUAUAAAACCAAAGGUCUGGGCCAGCCAAGCCCAGCUCGCUGGAGAAAUUUGCCACCUCCAAAGUCUCUGACUUCCAACCACGAUGCCCGAAGCCUCUCGCCUUGCCACCAGCCUCUGGGUGCUGUUCCUGCAGUCUCUCCUGUCCGGUGUGGUUGACCUGCGACCCCACGGCCCCCAAGACACCCACCCGCAACUGGAGGCUGUCAAACAAAGCAUUCUGGAGCGGCUUGGGAUGGAGAAACCUCCCAGCGUCCGAGGGGCUUUGGGUCAAGGUGGGCUGCAAGAGGCUCACCUGGUCUACCGGGAGAUGCUGGCACAACUCAGAGCGAACCAGACCUUGCCACCGGCAGCGAAAACUGUUCAUACCUUGAGGGCGAAAGUUAAGCUUCUGGGCCAUGAAUUGGCUGCAGGUCCAGGGGUCAACAGCGACCCACUCAGGCCCCUAUACGGCCUGGAAGUCUCCAGGACAGCAGCGCUCAGCCGGGACCUCCAUGUCUUUCGGGCUGAGCUGUCUCUGUCCAAGAAGUUCUCAGACGUCCCCGGCAUCUCUCAGCUCAACUCGACCAUGUUGGCUCGCGUCAACAUCUACAGACUGGCCGGUGGGGAUGGAGAAACCGCCACGCUCCUGGCCUCCCAGGUGGUCUCAAGGACCACACCCGUCCUCAACCUCAGAGACGCCGUGGGGCAGUGGCUAGCCGGGCCCGAGCCGAGGCUCCAUUUGGGUCUGGAGCUUCCCACAGAUGUGGCUUCCUCCGUCCUGGAAGGGAGAGAGUGGCUCCCGUUGGACAUCGAGACGCAGGGGCACAGGCAGGUCCGGAAGCGGAGGCAGCUGGACGAGGAGUGCGGCAAAGGCGACACCAAAUGCUGCCUCCGCUCGCUCAAGGUCUCCUUCGCUGACAUCGGGUGGUCUGACUGGGUGCUAGCACCUAGCAGCUACUCCAUGAGGUUCUGCGAGGGUUCGUGCCCCCACAACUACAAGCCGGCCAGUAUGCAUGCCCAGAUCAAGGCCAGGCUCCAUAGCCUGUCCGGGGAGACGCCAGCCCCCUGCUGCGUCCCCGCCGCCUACGAACCCAUGGUCCUCAUGCACUACGCCAGCGAUGGGAAGGUGGUGACGCAGCUCUUUGAUGACAUGAUCGUCACACGUUGCCAUUGUGCGUAGCCCGGCGAGGGCGGAGAGAGGGGUUCUGCGGGAAGCGGCGUCCUGUCUGUCUGGAGCAAGGGGACAAUAGGAACAGCCCAGGAUCAGUGCCAUCUCUGGUGCAAAACAGCACUUUUCGGGAGAAUGUGUGUGUGAUGAACAUCGCCUCUUCUUGCCAGUGCAUUGCCCAAUUGACAGCUCCUUUUUACUGCUAGGUCAUUUCCCCUCAAAAGUCUGUCUUAACCCACCAGGGACCUCUCUUAUCAAAAGCCUGUCCCAACCCACCAGGGACCUCAUUUCCUAAAAGACCAUCGCAACCAGUCAGGGACCUAUUAUCCCGAAAGCCCUUCCCAACCAAUCAGGGAUCAAGGACCUAUCUUAUCUAGGCCAUCUUUUCUCGAAAGUCUGUCCUAGGCAACCAGGGACCACUUUUAUCAAAAGCCCAUCCUAACCGGGGUCUCUUUUCACAAAACCCUGUCCCAACCAAAUACCGUAUUUUUUGCUCUAUAAGACUCACUUUUCCCCUCCUAAAAAGUAAGGGGAAAUGUGUGUGCGUCUUAUGGAGCGAAUGCAGGCCGUGCAGCUAUCCCAGAAGCCAGAACAGCAAGAGGGAUUGCUGCUUUCACUGCACAGUGAUCCCUCUUGCUGUUCUGGCUUCUGAGAUUCAGAAUAUUUUUUUUCUUGUUUUCCUCCUCCAAAACUA